UCAUGUGCCAGCUAAAGAACCGGGAAAACAUUCCCGGCUUUCCGAUCUCUAGUCAACUAAAGAACCGGGAGAUAUUCCCGACUUCGCAGCUACAUCUAAAUGCUGUUUGUCCCCUGAACUUAUCCUCAAGGUUGAGUUUGGCGCGCAAAAAUAUUCAUGACAUAAUUUCGGCGGGAAAAUGCUCAUACUCAGUUGUGCUUGUUGUGAUUCAAAGUUUGUAGAAAUGGUUGAUUUUGUUGUGGGAGAAACGUUUCAUAAUUACAAAUCUCUUGAAAAAAAGAUAAAUGACUACCAAAGUAGUAAUUAUAUUGAGCUUUGGAAACGAGAUUCAAGGACUGUACUGACUGCGCAAAAAAAAACUUAUAAAGGCUUUAAAUACAGAGUUAAAGUAUUAUGAGAUAUCAUUCGCCUGUGCACAUGGUGGUAAACUAUUUAGAAGGAGAGGGACAGGAAAAAGAAAGUCUUCGUAAGGUUUUUCUCUACACUUUGUUUUGUAUAAGCACGUCUACUUUUAACCGAGUCUGGAUCUGCAUUUUUUUACAUAACUUUGUUCUCAACAUAUGAAUUUUUUUUACAAGCUCUGUGAAUCGAUGUUCUUUUGAACUAAGUUCUUAUAUAAAUAAUCUUCCCUUUUCUGAAAAAAAUAAUUCUUAAAGAAAUUAUCAUCUUUUUUAAGGACUUCUUCGCCAGGAAUGCCCUUUUGUUUUGACGCUACGAGCAACAAUGGAUGGACAAGUACUCAAAGUUGUGAAAAUGGUAAACGAUCACAACCACCAGAAAUCGAAAGUACGGUUAUAAAAAUUAUGGGAGAAUAAUAAGUAAUAUUGAUGAAUCGGGCAAUUUAGGGCUAAAAUUGAUCCCGUUUAUAUUCCGUUUGUUCUCUUAGGAAUUGUUUCAAAUGUUACCGCGCGAAAGACGACUGACUCCUGAUCAAGAAGGGCAAGUGCAAAGGUUGAUGAAAAUGAAGGUCAACAAAAAAGAAUUACAAAAAGUCUUAUUUUGGGAAUAAGUCAUGCGACGGUUUAUUUUUUAUGCGAAUAAUAAUGUUUAUUUUUUGCAGAUUAUGGUUUCAUGCGGCCAUCCAGUAUUAUUGAAAGACAUAAAUAAUACUGUGGCUAAAGGAAAAAUUUGUCAGACAAGGAACAUACUUACGGGAGCGUAUGUAGCUGUUUCGACCAAUGAGAAGGUGUUCUUCGUGGUAUGUUCUUUCAAGAUCCGGCGUCGGCGUCGGAGAGGAUAAGUGUUGUGAUGGCGGAUAAAGACAUAAAAGAAAGAGAGCAAAUCCAGAAUGUAUUUCCCAACGUUAUUGUCUUAAUUUGCUUGUUCCAUACGCUGCGGAAUUUUAGCAGGGAAGUAACCAUGGAGAAAAUAGAAAUUUCAUCUUCACAAAGGCCUGCGAUUUUAAAUAAUUUACAAAAAUUGGCAUAUUCUCGCACAGAAUCUGAAUAUAUUAGAAUUAUGGGUGAAAGUUUGCACCGUUUUGAUUUUGAAGCUUUUGACGACAUUAAAAAUCAUUACCGCAACCAAUUCCACCAAGUUAAUUAUAUAUGUGCAGUUUGCUCUGGAAACUCAUGUGGUGUUAUUACAGUUGAAUGUUUGAUGUGCUUCCGUUUCCAUCACUUAUUGUGUUUGAAUAGUCCAAAAGACGACAAGAGUAAUGCAUGGUCCUGUAAGGUUUGCAGUUAUGUGAACAAUAGCAAACAUAAGUUUAUAACAUUUUACAAUUAUGUUAAUUUUUUAAGAAAAGCACCUAUCAAGAUGUUAUAUUACGCCCUACAAUUUUUUCCAAUUGUACAUCCCAGACUGAUUUAAAGAAAAAUACAUUUGUUAUUGUGUAUCUAUAUGUAAUUUGUUAUCUACAUCGCCCUAGUACCACAGCUAAAAAAUCCCG